UUCUCUCCACUAUAUUAGUGGGCACCCUUCUCUCUCCUCUCUCUCUCUCUCCUGAUCUCUUCUUGUUGUGUUUUUCAUAAAUCAAACACUCCCCACCACCAAAGAGAAAAACAUUUCACAGAAGAAUCAGAUCCAAUAACACCAUCAUACAUACAUAUAUACCUUGAUCAAUCAAUCCAUCAAUCAAUCAAAUCCAAAAAAAAAAAAAAAAAAAAACAAAAAAAAGAAAACCCCAAUAUUAAUAAGAACAAUGUCCUCCUCAUCUGCUUUUGCACCGGCCGACCACCACCACCACCACCACAACCACCACCUCUCCCCUUCCGAGCAGCUCUGUUACGUCCAAUGCAACUUCUGCGACACUGUCCUCGCCGUGAGUGUUCCGUGUACGAGCUUGUUCAAAACUGUGACGGUGAGAUGCGGCCAUUGCACGAACCUUCUCUCCGUCAACAUGCGGGGGUUGCUCCUCCCUGCCGCCGCCCCCAAUCAGCUUCAUCUCGGCCACUCUUUCUUCUCUCCCCAGAAUCUUCUGGAGGAGAUUCGAAGCUCGCCUUCAUCGAACAUGCUGAUGAAUCAGGCGAACCCGAACGAGUCGUCGCUGAUGAAUAUUCGCGGAAUCGAAGAGCUUCCUAAACCUCCCGUAGCUAACAGACCUCCGGAGAAAAGACAGAGAGUGCCAUCUGCUUACAACCGGUUCAUCAAGGACGAGAUCCAACGUAUCAAAGCUGGAAACCCUGAUAUUAGUCACAGGGAGGCGUUCAGCGCCGCUGCUAAAAAUUGGGCCCACUUCCCACAUAUUCACUUCGGACUUAUGCCUGAUCAACCCGUGAAGAAACCAAAUGUAUGCCAACAGGAAGGGGAUGAUGUUCUGAUGAAGGACGGGUUUCUUGCGGCCGCAGCGAAUGUCGGUAUCUCUCCUUACUAAUUAAGCGAGAUCGAUCGGAGUUUUUCGUCGAAUGUUUUAAUCCUCUAUGUUAAUUAAUCUCUAUGUAUUGUGUACGUCUUUUUUUUAUUAAUUAGUUUCUGUUAUUAGGGUUAAUCUAUUAAUUACUGUGCUGUGUUUUGGCAAAGAUGACUAUUAACACUACUUUAUCGAGUUGCUUGUUAAUUAAUUAAGCUUCAAAUAAUGUUCAUGCAGGCAUGUUAAUUAAUAUUUA